UCAUUUAUCUGCAGGAAUGAUUGCCGCUAUCAGUCUCGCGUUCACCGCCCGGCUGAGGAGGUGAAAGUUUCUCCCCAGGAAGAUAAACCGCAAAAGACAAUAUUGUGCAUGAUUUGCGCCUUUUUUUUGCGGAGCGAAAAAAAAAAAAAAAAAAGGCCCCCCGAAAAAAAAAAAUCGGGUGAGUGUGGGGAAGCUCGAAGAGGAGAGAGAAACAAUCUCUCGGCCACUUUGCAACAUUCCUAUAGCCAAAAAAAUCACUGAAGGAAGUUUCUUUUUUGUUUUGGUUUUUUUUUAAAUUUUUUUCUUUUUUCUUUUUUUUUUUUUUUGCUGCCUGUGUUGAACUCUCGCCGUUAUUGUUAUUUGCAGCCAGUUUAUUUUUGAGCUCACCCAACCCCCCCCUCCCCACUUAAACCUCCCUGAAAACUCAAAGCAGAGAGACAGUGAAUAUUUUUGGGGCACGUUUUUAUUAUUAUUAUUAUUUGCAACUGCGAAGAUCUCUUCCCCCCUUCCGCACCAGCCUUUUUUUUUUUUCCUUUUUUUUUUUCCCCUUCCCCCUGCGCUGAUGCCGAAGGGGGUGUUUUUGAUGUGGUUGCUUUGGUGGUGAUCGUCGCUGACUUUCCAAAGAGGGUGUUUUCGCCGCCGCUGCUGCUGCUGCUGCUGCUUCUCUCCGCGUUGUGUGUGUGCGCGCGUGCUUUUUUUUUGGUUGCUGCAUCGACGCUGGGAAGAUGCUUCUGGAUGCUGGACCGCAGUAUCCCGCCAUAGGAGUCACUACCUUCGGAUCCUCUCGCCACCACUCCACGGCCGAUGUCACGGACAGAGAAGUGGGGCUGGGGAUCAACCCCUUCGCCGACGGCAUGGGCGCCUUCAAAAUCAACCCCAGCACCCACGAGCUGGCCUCGGCCGGCCAGACCGCCUUCACCUCGCAGGCGCCCGGCUACGCGGCGGCGGCCCUGGGGCACCACCACCACCCGACCCAUGUCAGCUCCUAUUCCAGCGCCGCCUUCAACUCCACCCGGGACUUUCUGUUCCGCAACCGCGGCUUCGGGGAGGCGGCGGCCGCCAGCGCCCAGCACAGCCUGUUCGCCUCCGCUGCCGGCAGCUUCGCCGGACCCCACGGACACACAGAUGCCGCGGGACAUAUACUUUUCCCGGGGCUGCACGAACAAGCCACCAGCCACGCUUCGCCUAACGUGGUGAACGGGCAGAUGCGCCUGGGCUUCUCCGGAGACAUGUACGGCAGACCCGACCAGUACGGCCAGGUCACCAGCCCCCGCUCCGAGCACUACGCCUCGACCCAGCUGCACGGCUACGGCCACAUGAACAUGAACAUGGCAGCCCACCACGGGGCAGGGGCCUUCUUUCGUUACAUGAGGCAGCCCAUCAAACAGGAACUCAUCUGUAAGUGGAUUGAGCCCGAGCAAUUGUCAAACCCCAAAAAGUCCUGCAACAAAACUUUCAGCACGAUGCACGAGCUGGUGACUCAUGUCACGGUGGAGCACGUUGGAGGACCCGAGCAGUCCAAUCACAUAUGUUUCUGGGAAGAGUGUCCAAGAGAAGGGAAACCUUUCAAGGCCAAAUAUAAACUUGUAAAUCACAUCAGAGUCCACACAGGUGAAAAACCUUUCCCCUGCCCUUUCCCAGGCUGUGGCAAAGUGUUUGCCAGAUCAGAGAAUCUCAAAAUACACAAAAGAACUCAUACAGGUGAAAAACCAUUUAAGUGUGAGUUCGAGGGCUGUGACAGGCGCUUUGCAAACAGCAGCGACCGCAAAAAGCACAUGCAUGUGCACACUUCCGACAAGCCCUAUCUCUGCAAAAUGUGCGACAAGUCCUACACGCACCCCAGCUCCCUCCGAAAGCACAUGAAGGUCCAUGAAUCAUCCUCGCAGGGGUCCCAGCCUUCUCCCGCCGCCAGCUCAGGCUACGAGUCCUCCACCCCUCCAACCAUCGUGUCUCCAUCCACAGAAAACCAGACUGCCAGCUCCUUAUCCCCUUCCUCCUCCGCAGUCCAUCACACGUCCAGCCACAGCACGCUUACAUCAAAUUUUAACGAAUGGUACGUCUAAAACGCUAAAACAAAACAACAACAACAACAAAACACAAACCGAAACAAAAAAAAAAGCCCCAAGCGAGCAAACAAAUAC